AUGAGUUCACAGAAGGCGAAUAAAAUGACUAGAGCACUAAAGAAAAAUGAUCUUUAUAUUUUUGAUUUGUCUGAGCAACUUCUGAAUUCAUUGAAUUUGAUGAGCUUCGACUCCACGCUGCGAGAAAUUGAGGUAGAUAACAGUUCUCAUAAUGAUGGGAUCAAAAAGACUGAAGACGUCCAAGUAUCAAGAAAGAAGUCCACAUCAAAUUCUAUGCGUUGUAGUGUUUGUCAAAUGGACUUUCAUACCAGAGAUGAACAAAAGGCCCACUACCAGACUGAUUACCAUUUGAUGAAUGUUAAGCGUAAUCUUCGGGGGCUGGGUAUCCUUUCCGUCGAAGAAUUUGAUGAGCUGAUUUCUAAGCAGCGUGACAUUAAGUCUGAAGAUGAAAAUUCUGACAGCGAGCAAAUUUCUAGUGACCAUGAAGAAAGCGAGGAAGCCAGCGAUCGAGAUCCGGACCUACCAGUUAAUAGCUAUAUGGAAAGUAUAAUCGAAAAUGAUUUGCAGAGAUUAGGGAUCCAAGAAGAUGAAUCAAAUUUUGUUAGCCAUAUUAAUACACAGUCGCCCUACAUUUACUUCAAGUCGAAGUUUCUUCAAAAGGAUGAAGUCCUGGGGAUUUAUAAAUCUGUGGUCAGUAAAAGAUUUCUUUCCAAGCCACAUGAAGCUUUGACUUUUUGGAAUUCGCAAGAAAAUCCAAUGAUGGCCAUUUCAGCUCUUUUUAUGGUAGGAGGUGGACAUUUUGCGGGAGCAAUUGUUUCUCAUCAAAGACUCAAUAUCAAGGGGAACGCGCACAAGAAGGACGAAACCUUAUUUGAACAAGCGGUCAAUUUCUUAGAGCACAAGACGUUUCAUAGAUAUACUACCAGAAGGAAGCAAGGUGGUUCCCAGUCAGCAAUGGACAAUGCAAAGGGAAAAGCUAAUUCUGCCGGUUCAGCACUUCGUAGGUACAAUGAAAGCGCUUUAAAAACAGAUAUACAGGGUGUAUUGAGAGAUUGGGAACCUUACCUCUCAAAAUGUGAUAACAUUUUUAUUCGAGCUCGUAAUGUCAGUGAUAGAAAAAUAUUUACAGAUAAUACUAUUUUGAACAAGGAUGAUGAAAGGAUAAAGAGCUUUCCUUUUACUACCAGCAGGCCCACUGUGUUGGAGUUGAAGAGGGCAUGGUGUGAACUUUCCUAUCUGAAAAUUUUACCUAGGCCUGAGCCCGUGGCAAUAAAGGAAACAGUACAAAAGUUAGAACUGUCAAACAAAAAGGAGGGACUUGAAGAAAAACAAGAACUAUCACCGGAAGAGAUCCAAACAGAAGAACUCAUUUCUCUGGUGAAGAAAGGAAGGGCACCUUUAUUGAUAUCCUUUAUAAAAAAGAAUAAGCUUGAUGGAAACUUUCGGUUGAAGCCUGAUAGUAAGUAUUCUGUAACUCCAACCAUGCUACAUUACGCAUCACAGCAAGGGAUGAGACAAAUGGUGUUAAUACUGCUCUCAAAUAUCAAGUGCGAUCCAACGAUCAAAAACAGACUAGGAAGGACUGCGUGGGAUUUGACUAGAAAUGACGACGUAAAACACGCAUUCCAAAUUGCAAGGCACAAUUUGGGUGAGUCAUUCACUGAUUGGGAUGAAUCUCAUAUUGGUCAGCCAUUGAACAGAGAACAAGUUGAUGAAAUCAAUGAAAAAAAAAAAGCGACAGAGAAUGAAAGAACAGAAAAAUUGAUUAAAAUGGAAUUAGAAGCAGCCAAAGAAAGACAAAGAUCUAUUAAAGAUGCAGAAAGGGGACCAGGCAAAAAGUUGACCAAUAUUCCAUCAGUCCAACAACAAAAUUUGAAUUCUUUGACCGAUGAACAGAGGCGUAGAUUGAUGAGAGAACAAAGGGCUAGAGCCGCAGAGAAGAGGAUGAACAAGAGUACUGAGAAAUAG